CACAGCCGCCUAUAUCGCCUGCUCCGCCCCUGUUUCUGCUUCCCGUGUCAUGGCGGAUGGGCCGGGAAAAAUCGCUAUCCAGGCCGUGUUCCGGCGUCUGCGGGCUACGCAGACCAACAAGAGCUGCUUUGACUGCGGUGCCAAGAAUCCCAACUGGGCCAGCAUCACCUACGGGAUCUUCCUGUGCAUUGAUUGCUCUGGAAUCCAUCGCUCACUGGGGGUUCACCUAAGUUUCAUUAGAUCAACUGAGCUUGACUCGAAUUGGAACUGGUUCCAGUUGCGUUGCAUGCAAUUGGGAGGGAAUGCAACUGCGGCUGCCUUUUUCCAACAGCAUGGCUGCAUGACGAAGGACACAACUGCUAAGUACAACAGUCGAGUGGCCCAGCUGUACCGUGAGAAGCUCAGGACUGCAGCCAUGGCUGCAGUGGACCAGCAUAGUACCCAGUUGUGGUUUGAUGGGUGCAGCGCCUCACUAUGCCUGCCACUGGGGCAGUACGAGAAUGAUUUCUUCGUCGAGCACACCCAGGGUUCUGCUGAACGGAAGAGCAGCCUAGAAACGGGGAGCUGCAGACUGGAGCAUUUGUCAAAGGAAGUAGAAGCAGCUAAAAUGCACCACAAGAAUGGCAAUGAGCACUGUGAUUUGGAACAAGGACCUGGUAUUGAACCUCUCUGUGCUUCGCCGAAGAUCAUGUUAGAGGUGAAGCCCAGUUUAAUUGGCAAGAAGAAACCGACCUCAAGCAGGAAGAGGCUGGGUGCUCAGAAGGUCAGCAGCCAGACCUUUAGUGAAAUUGAGCGACAGGCUCAGGUGGCAGAGAAAGUGAUGGAACAGCAGGCUGCUGAGGCCAGGAAGCAAGGUGAAGUGUCGAUUGUGACGUCCAUGCGUCUCGCCUACCAAGAGCUGCAGAUUGAUCAAAAAAUGGAGGAGAAAAGGUUGCAGAACCUGGAGGGGGAGAAACGACAGCAGGUGGAGCGACUUGGAAUGGGCCUGGGCAGAAGAGGCCCAGUAUCACACUCUGUCCUGACCGAAAUGCAAACUAUCGAACAGGAGAACCCCAUCUCAGCCAAAUCGUCCUGCUCAAAGCUUCACAUGUUGGAGGAAGCUGCACUUUCCUCUGGACCACCAAUGUACAGAGAUAACCCUUUUGCACCGGGGGAUGGCUUUGGCUUACACUGGCAGAGAGAUGGACGCCAUCGCUUGUCAUUGGAGAGGGAGCAACCCAGGGAGAUGGACGUGAGCAUCUCCAGCAGCCAGCGAACAAACGAGAGGCCAGGGAGUCAGCGGAAGGCAGACAGCAAAGGAACUCCUGAACCGAGUGAGGCUCGGCAGAAAUUUGCCAACACCAAGGCAAUCUCCUCAGACACAUUCUUUGGGAGAGAUGAUCGGGUGGAGUUUGAAACAAGGGCCCGUUUGGAUCGAUUGUCCAGAAGCUCCUCCAUCAGCUCCUCUGCUCUGCCAUCACCAAAGAGCUCAGGUGCAGCUGAUGGUGUCAGAGUGAGUAACAUGCUCCCAUCUGCACCUGAUAUGACACACUUCAAACAGGGAGUGAAGACAAUGGCAGGGAAACUUUCUGUCCUCGCCAGUGGAGUGAUGACCAGUAUUCAGGAUCACUAUGGUUCAUACUGAGACUCUGGCUGGUGUGAAGACAGGCUCCAAUCUGGACAAGUUUAUUCUGCCGGAUUUUCUCCCAGAUCAGUAUUUGCUUUUGAUGGGACUUGAAGCAAUGCUUUAAAUUCUGAGUGAAGUUGAAGUGGGAGCUCUCACACUCAAUUUGUCUGCUGCACAGCCUUAGCCAUUGAAGGGAAUCGUAUCAUUGUGGUCUCACAAGGCUGAAGUGACAUUUGUGUUCAUUCAACCGGAGAAUUAAACAGCACAGAGACCAUUUGGCCCAUCCUGCUUCUGCUAUUACUGUCCUUCAGGACCAGUUUUCUCUCCUUUCCCCAGUUUUGAAAAUAUCUUUAUCCACUGUUCAUCCAAUUCAGUUCUGAAAAUUGCGAAUUGAAUCUGCUUCUAAAAAGCAAUGGACUCCAGAUCGCAGUUUGUUCUGUUUUUAAACAAAAAGUUUUUUUUUCUCCUAUCACCUUGAAUUUGUGUCUUCCAGUUGCUGACUUUCCUGUUUGUGGGAACAGUAUCUCCCAGUUUCCUGUACUGCACCCCUGAUAGGGUUGUGAACUAUAGAUUAGACUACCCCAAGGAUAGCAAUCUCAGCAUCCACGGUCUCUCCACAUUCACUGAUACUCCUUGUCUCUAACACCAUUCUGGUAAAUCUCCACUGCAUCCUCUCCCAGGGCCUCAAAAUCAUUCUUGGAGCGACGGUGCUCAGAACUGAACACAACACUCAAGCCAAGGUGAAACCAAUCUUAUCGAAAAAUUUGAUAUACCUUUGUUUCUUUGUUUUUUUUAUUUUUUCAUGGAAUGUGGCAUUGCUGACAAGGUCAACAUUUGUUGCCCAUCCUAAGUUCCUAAAUGGUUUGCCCCAGCCAUUUCGGGCAGCAGUUAAGCAUCAACCAUAUUGCUGUGGGUUUAGAGACCAGGUAGGGAUGGCCAUUUCCUUCUGUGAACCAGGCAUGUCGUUACGAUAACCAGGAAUACAUUCAUGAUCGCCAUUGCUGAGACUAAUUCCAGAUUUAUUCAUUGAAUUUAUAUUCCACCAACCACUAUGGUGGGAUGUGAACCAGUGACCCCAAAAUUUUAGCUUUUGUGUUACUAGUCUGGUGACUUUACCGCAACACCACUGUAUCCCUCAAAAGUUUCCCAAUUCAUUAAGCCAUGGAUCUCUAAUAUUAGUUUGAAUGACCUUCGCCUUCCUGCCCUGUGUUGUCCCCUUCAAAGAUUUCUGUAUCUCUAGGCUUCCUCCCUCUCUAAGUCAUUCUUAUCACUGUACUAUGUGCUGGGCUGGAGACUUCUUGCUGAACCCAGUUAGGGAGAGCUAGGGAUUGAAUUUGAGUGACUGCCAAUCAUUGCCCACUCUGAUUCCUGCUAAACCUCUUUUUCUGGUCGCACUUACUUAAGCUUUUACUUAUUUAAAUCAUUGCUCUUGGAA